CGUAAACGUCUGCUUGACUAAAAAACAUUUAGUAACCCUACAAUAUUAGAUAUAUUUAUAUAUUUUUGUACCAGUGACUCGUUUUUAACUAUAUUUAAAGUCGUUUUUCUCCGUGUUAGAUACGCGUUUCAUUUAAACCAUAAACAACCAAUUGUUUUUAAAAAACGAUCAACGACAAUCAGGUUGGUUAUACCUACUUAGUUCUCUUGAAACUGUUGUGCGAUUUACUUGGUGAGCAAAACAAAAAAUGCCGGACUCUACUCUAUUCGAUAUGGGACGUAACUCCGGGAUCGGCGAUGAAAGGGCUCUGCAGUUGGCCCUGGAACUGACCAUGCUGGGCUUCAACGAGCCCAUGAACUCUGUUCCGGAACAGGAGAGUCCGCAAGAUCUCAACAACUUCGUCAACCCUCUAUCCAACGUGGGUAUCGACGAGGUCAGAUCCAAAAAAUCACAAAACAUGACCGAAUGCGUUCCGGUACCCAGUUCCGAGCACGUUGCCGAAAUCGUUGGAAGACAAGGUUGCAAAAUAAAAGCUCUCCGCGCCAAGACAAACACUUACAUUAAAACGCCCGUGCGAGGAGAAGAGCCCGUGUUCGUUGUUACUGGUCGCAAAGAAGAUGUGGCCAAAGCCAAAAGAGAAAUCCUAUCGGCAGCUGAGCAUUUCUCUCAAAUCAGAGCUUCCCGUAAAAAUAACUUGGCCGGUUUGGGAUCGGGAGCAAGUACUCCUCCCGGCCCGCCAGCCAACAUCCCUGGACACAUCACCAUUCAAGUCAGGGUACCAUAUCGUGUGGUCGGUCUAGUCGUUGGACCGAAAGGCGCUACCAUUAAACGCAUCCAACAUCAAACUCAUACCUACAUCGUAACUCCUAGUCGUGACAAGGAACCAGUAUUCGAAGUUACCGGAUUGCCAGAAAGCGUAGAGACCGCUCGCAGAGAAAUUGAGGCUCACAUUGCCAUGAGAACAGGAAACGGAACCUCAAUCAACGGAUUGACCGGUCUGACGGGAAUUGACGAGAACGAAAUCAUUGCUUCUCUAUACAAAAGUGGUCUAAAUUCCAUUUUAAACUACAUGGAACCCACCAAUGAUACAUUUCCCAACAUGACUUCGUCGACCGGCAGCAGCGGAGCCUUCUCCAGCUCAAGUUCCACCUCGAGCACCUCGAGCACCGGAGGCAGAGAUUUAGGCGCCAUCUGGAGCUCCAGCGAUCGCGACGAAGGUCUGGGAGACUCUCCCAGCUUCGACUCGUCCACCGCACUAUCCAGCAUCUGGUCUUAUCCACCGGUGUCGGCUCCGUCGAGGCCGUCGCCAGCGAACAGCACCAGCCCGGCGGACUCCCUAUUGAGCUCGGCCAAGUGCUUGGUUUGCUCCGAUGCCAAGGUGACGCACGCUCUCGUGCCAUGCGGCCACAAUUUCUUUUGCGUGGAUUGCGCGAACAGGGUUUGCGAGGGUAGCGAGGCGCAAUGUCCCGUUUGCUCUCUGCCGGCCAUUCAGGCCAUCCGCAUCUACUCGCAAAAUCCUUAAACUGAUAAAGCAGCGGCGGCGGCAGUAUUACAGCAGCAGCAUCAUGGGCGGCCUUCUCUGGCUCGCUUUGUCAAUCGAUCUCGUUCGAAUCCCGUCUCCCCCCUUUCCCCACAUUCCCCGUUGGACCCCCCCGGUCCCGUGUUCAGCCUCGGAUCGGCCGGUUAAGCGUUUUCGGACCUUCACAUUCGCGAGCAGACAUAUCUCUCUCUAUACACUUAAGAUGAUGAUACAACGAAACUAAAUUAUUAUAGUUUUGUUUUUAAUAAUGUAUAUUAUUUACUUUUAUUUUUUUGGUAUUUUAUUGUAUUUGUUGAAUUAUUGAGAAUGAGUAUAUUGUUUUUGUUUUAUUUUUAUAUAAAAGUUUUAUAAUCGUUGUGUAUAGAGAAGAUGGGCGUGAAGGGUUGAUUAAGCAGCGCCGUCCGACCGAAGCGUAGUCAUCUUGUAUGCCAGUUCAACUAUUUCCUUAAAUCUUAUAUCACUGAUUUUUUUAUAGUAUAAGAGUCUGAUUGGUGAUUUUUUUUGCGUGUUUUUAUGCACUCUUCGAGAGUACCACUCCUUUAAAUAAUUAAUAAAUAACUAGAUACAAAAAGACAUGACGCGACACUACGUAAAAAUAAUGUAAAUUUUUAUACUAUUAAUAAGUGUUUCGUUAUUUUUUAAAUAUAUUUUUUUAAGUUUCGCCAUGUGAAGUUUCACAUUAUUAAAGUCUGAAUCAGCAAUUCUCAAAAUAUUAUUUUAAGUAAAUUUAAAGUAUAAAAGAAAAAUAUAGCAAAAAAAAACGUAAAAAUAUGAAUAUAUAUGAUAAUGGAAGUGAGAUGUAGAUUGAUAGAUUAUUUAACAGGGAUACAUUUUUUUAAAAAGAAAAUAACCUAGAUGAUGGUUGUGCGCGCGGUGAGUUAACAAUGCAACGAGAGCAAAGAGCGAUCAUACCAUGCAGAAUCAUGAUAAAAUUAAUUGGUAAAAGAGUGAUACGUAAGUGGUGAGUAGAGGGCAGGGCUGUAAUCUAAACUGGCACUAUGCGCGUAGAUGUUUGUUCCGGCGGCCAUUGCACCCCCUAAUAAACAAAAUACAUAUCCCUUAUUGUUAGUUGAUCACUCAUUGUUACUAUUGUUCUGUUAUGUCAUGUGAUAUGAUACAUAUAAUUCUAUAUUAUCCUUAUAUAACGUAUGUAUAAGUUGUGAAGAGAAUUUAUAAAUGUAAAGUAUAAAUUAUUUAUAGUGCAAGCCGACGGCCGAUGACAACGUCGCCUCACGUAGUUGCCAGUCAUAAUCAGUCCAUACCGUCAUGUCAUGUCAUUUCACGUCGGCCGGCGAACAGUCACCUCCACUUGAGAGAUAUUAUUAAAUUUACAUCCAUGUAAUGUUUACUUAAAUGUUAUGUGGAUAAUUGCUCGGCCUCCCCUGCCGUCACUUGAACUGCCACUGCGUUACUCAUAAAGGUAUUAAAACAUUUGGACCCUCGAUAAUGGAAUGCCUUAAAUUUUCCCGAGCGGUUUUUAUAUUUACAUUAAACUAAAGUUUUAUUAGCACAGACGCGCGCGGAAUUGUGCUCAGUCACUGGCCAAGCCCGCCUGAGCUACUUAUAAAACCUUAUUAAUAUG